AUGCCCAGCGAUUAUACACCAAUUGAUGGUUCUGCCAAGGUUUCCAGAGCCAGACGAAACUGGUUUUUGUCUGGCUUCGCAGCAUUUCUGAUGCUCUGUGUGCUGGGGGCAACAAAUAUUGCCCGUAAAGCUUCAGAUGUCCCCACUGCGCCGUUGAUUUGCGAUUCUAUCCGUAAAGUAGACGAAUUGCCCGUUCAAAAAAUCCAAAAACUGCUUGCCGAUGAGACCCUGUACAACGAAACAUUGGCCAAGCUGCAAAACGCUGUGCGUGUGCCAACAGAGGUGUACGAUACCGCAGUGAAUCCAGAAAUCGACCCUCACGACGAAACCUGGACAACUUUUAAGGAAUUCCACAAACAGCUAGCUAAAGACUUUCCUGCACUCUGGGAAAACCUCCAAGUCGAGCACGUCAAUCAUUAUGGGCUGAUUAUCACCUGGAAGGGCUCCAACUCGACUCUGAAACCUGUCAUGUUUGCGGCCCAUCAGGACGUGGUGCCCGUGGAGCGCAAGACGUGGGAUAAAUGGGAGCACGCGCCAUUCUCUGGUGACGUCACUGAGGACCCCGAUUGGGGCACUAUGGUGUGGGGACGUGGCUCGUUCGACGACAAAAACCAGCUCAUCGGGGUUCUCCAGGCGUUGGAAUAUAUGUUGGUUCAUGAACCCGAGUUCCAGCCAAAACGCAGCAUUAUUAUCACCUCUGGAUUCGACGAGGAGAGUGGCGGGAGUUUUGGAGCUGCUUACAUCGCCAAGGUCUUGGAAGAACGUUACGGCAACGACGGCAUUUUGAGUAUCAUCGACGAGGGUGUGGUUGGUAUAAGAGAGGUCGAAAAUGUCUUGAUUGCGGCUCCUGGCACUGGCGAAAAGGGCCGUUUUGACAUGUGGAUUCAUCUCAGGACACCCGGGGGCCAUUCUUCUGUGCCUCCAGAUCACACCUCGAUUGGCAUUGCUGCUGACUUGAUUACCGACAUUGAGGGUGAGAAGUUCCCUGCCCUUUUCACUGAAAGAAACCCUGUGUCGCAGUACUACCGCUGCAUUGCGAAGAACUCUGAUACUAUGUCUCCCAGCCUGAGAAAGGACUUUGCACGCGCCAUGCAAAACCCCGAGGCUAACGGAAGAGUCCUGAAAUACUUGAUGGAGACCGGAGGUAAGAAAGUCGAGUAUCUUUUCCGCAGCACGCAUGCUUUCGAUCUCAUUCACGGUGGGAUCAAAGCCAACGCUUUGCCCGAGACUGUGUCGCUGUUUGUGGACUCUAGAAUCGCCGUCGAAUCGACCGCUGCAGAGGUGAGAGAUGCAUUCACAGCCAAGGUCUUGAAAGUGGCCAAGAAGUACAACCUCGGAGUCUCCAUCCCCGGUAAAGAGCUUAUUGCGGCUACAGAAAAUGGACAAUUUGUCCUGGAGUAUUUGACUCCACUUGAACCUGCUCCCGUGUCGCCAGAAAACGAGGUUUGGAGCAUUUUUGCCGGCUCUAUCAAGACUUUCUACGAAGACGCUGUUUUCCCAGAAACUUCUAACGAGUCUCGAGACCUGGUUGUCGCACCAAGCAUCAUGACCGCCAACACAGACACUGCCCAUUACUGGAAGCUCUCCAAGAACAUUUACCGCUACCAACCUGGCUUCGCCAUGGAGGACACACUUUCGACGAUCCAUUCUGUUAACGAGCACAUCAACUUCGAGACCGUGAUGCAUGUGGUAGCCUUCACAUACGGUUACAUUCAAGCCCUGGACGCGGUUGACUUGUGA